UUUACUUCCAAGUUCCAACUUGUUUCGAUUCUUGGCAUUGACUUUUUACACCAUUAAUUGUUAUCCAUCAUCUGUUUUAUCUCAAUCAAUGCCGUCUAGGUUCAUAAUUUUGUGACUUCUUGAUAUCCCUCCCCUAAAUUUGUGAAUAGAUUCCGGGUUUAUUGUGUUCGAUUUGUACCAUAUUCAUCUAACUUUUUCUCCUGUAAAUCUUGAAUUUGAUUGAUCUCAAGCUUCUUCUUCUCUCCUGUCUCAGAUUGCGGCAAAAAGAUAACUUUUUUUUUGAUUUGGUUUGGAUAGAUAUUUCUAAACCAGAAUCAAUAGAGAAACUGAUAUUCACCGAAUCUGAGGUUUUGAGAAAAGAUUGGGGAGAUGAGAGACCAAGUAUGGAGAUGGGUUUUAGGGUUGGUUUACAUAUUUGCAGUUGCGACAAUUUGGAUCGCAGCUAGUUUCGUUGUACAGUCAGUUGUAGAUGAGGGCGUUUCCCCCUUUCUGGUAACCUACAUUUGCAAUUCAUUGUUCGUUGUGUAUAUACCCUUAGUAGAAAUUGGAAGGUAUUUGGAGGAUAGGUAUGGAAGCAUUUUCUUUUGGUUGAAUAGAAAAAAUGAUGCUUCAUUGCAAGACUCUAAGCUUUCAGAAGAGGCCAUUCUUCUCCACACUAACGAGAUAUCGAAUGAGUUGAACCAGGGGGUAGUUGCUCUUGCUCAACAAGAGGCUGCAGAUCAUGGUGAAGUAGUAGUAGUCAGGGAUGAGCCUGAUUUAGGGUUGGAUGGGAAAGGGCGUUGGACGCGUUGGAGAGUUGCUAAAGUCAGCAUCUUGAUCUGCCCCAUUUGGUUUAUGGCACAGCUCACAUUUAAUCUUUCCCUCAAAUACACUACAGUUACUUCAAAUACCAUCCUGAGCAGUGCAUCCAGUCUGUUUACAUUUCUAGUUGCUCUUGUAUUUUUGGGAGAGAAGUUCACUUGGCUGAAGCUGAUAAGUGUUCUGCUUUGUAUGGGGGGAGUGAUCAUUGUCAGCCUUGGAGACUCGGGGUCAGGAUCGAAUGAGGUUGCCUCAAAUCCUGCACUGGGAGAUGUUCUCUCUCUUUUAUCUGCAGCAUUUUAUGCUGCUUAUAUAACACUUAUUCGCCAAAAAUUGCCUGAUGAAGACGAUAAAGCUCAAGGCAGUGUUAGUAUGGCACAGUUUCUUGGAUUCCUGGGCUUGUUCAACCUCUUGUUUUUCUUUCCUGUGGCUCUCAUUCUAGAGUUUUCGAAGCUCGGGCUUCUCAACACUCUCACUAGGAAGCAAUUUGGUCUAAUCGUUGGCAAAGGUUUACUGGAUAAUGUGCUGAGCGACUAUCUAUGGGCCAAGGCUGUGCUUCUUACAUCGACCACUGUGGCAACGGCAGGUCUUUCCAUUCAGGUACCGUUAGCGACCAUCGUGGAUUCAUUGAUUGGGAAUGUGCCCCAUCCGAUGGAUUACGUCGGAGCUGUUGCUGUGAUGAUUGGUUUCGCAGGUCUUAAUUUCCCCUCAGAUGCUUUUUCAACAACUAGGGAAGCUCAUCUUGAACUGGAUACUGGAAAUACAACAACAGAUGUUGACAAUCGCCUUUCAGAAGCUGCUAACUAGAUUUUUCGUUGCAGAGUGUAUACAUACAAAGAUUAAUGUGGAUACAUGUACUAUAGAGUUAGUUCGUUUCAACUGAAAUACAAAAGAAAAAGAAGAAUUGUUUUUUCGUUA